AUGGCGACUAGUGAAAGGAAUGAGAAUAACAGCGAAACAGCCACCACCAAUAAUAACCAAGAUAAUAGAAGGAAUGAGAAUACCACUGAAACGGCCACCACCAAUAAUAAUCAAGAUAAUAGAAGGAAUGAGAAUACCAGUGAAACAGUCACCACCGGUAAUAAUCAAGAUAAUGGAAACAAUGUAAAUAAUGUUAAUGAUGUGAGUCAGCCACCUUCUUAUAUGGAAUCUAUAAAUGAAGAGAGGAAUCCGUGA